CGACUAUAGCUUAACUACUGCUACUUUGUUCUUUCUCCAAAUUCUUCUACACAUUCUUCGACUGAUACAGUCAAUGAUUCGAGGAAACCUCUUAGUUGGUUUAAUUUCCUUUCUUUUAAUCGUUAAUGUUUCAGCGGUGUCGUCGGCCACAUUUACUAUGACAAACAAGUGUAAUCUAACAGUAUGGCCAGCAAUAAUCUCAUCAAGUGCUACUUCAACAGGAAUAUCUCCUCUUAAUACAACGGGAUUUCCAUUACUUAAAGAUGAAUCUAGAAUUUUAACCGUUCCGUCGUCAUGGACUGGUCGGCUGUGGGGUAGAACCCAUUGCAGUUCAGAUUCAACAGGGAAUUUUUCUUGCAUAUCAGGUGACUGUGGUUCAGGAAAAGUAGAAUGUUCAGGCAGAGGUGCAACACCACCACUGGCUACACUAGCUGAAUUCUCAUUAAACGUUCCUUCGGGACUUGAUUUUUACGACGUUAGUUUUGUAAACGGUUUUAAUCUGCCGAUGUUGGUGGUUCCCAAAGGUGGAAAAAGUGGGAACUGUAGUACCACUGGUUGUGUUGUGAAUUUGACUGAAGUUUGCCCGAAUGAUUUAAAAGUAACGAGUCAAGAUGGUAGCAAAGUUGCAUGCAAAAGCGCGUGUCAAGCCUUCGGUGAUCCUCAGUAUUGCUGUACUCGAAAUAGAAAUUCGUGCAAACCAUCUAUUUACUCUGAGUUCUUCAAGAAAUCUUGUCCUCGUGCUUAUAGUUAUGCGUUGGAUGAUUCAACCAGCACUUUCUCGUGUGCUUCUGCAAAUUAUGUUAUCACAUUUUGCCCUCCAUUAUCCACCAUUAAAAGAGGCACGAAAACUCCAGAGACAGCAAGCGGUGGAAAAAGUCCAGAAGUAGUAGGUGUAUCAUCAUCCUCACCCCAGCCCGUCUCAUGGGUGCAAUUUCUUGGCGGUGCGGUCUCUCUUUACAUUUCAACAUCGUCUAGUGGCAGUAGUCUUUGGAGAAUCAUUAUUUUAUUUUAGCUAGGAAAUGAAUUUGCUGAUUCAUAUUUGUGCUAGCUAGAUCUAUAUGGAGUAAAUAGGUGGAUCGAUAAUCAUGUAAUUUACAUCCCAGUUUUCCUCCACACAUGCACAUACAAAACGUUUUUUGGUUAUUUUAACUAGUGAAAAUGCAUGUGCGAUGUUUAUGUUUGAAUUUGAUUCUUUUAAUAAA